CGGACUGCAAAUUUAUUUAGACGGACAUCAGAAAAAUGGCCAGCAGCGGCGCCACCGCCCCAACGCCGCCGCCGGAGUACAGGCCCUACCGCCACCUGAGGACCCUGACCGGCCACUCCGGCGCCGUCUCCUGCGUCAGGUUCUCGAACGACGGCAACCUCCUCGCCUCCGCCUCCCUCGACAAAACCCUAAUCGUCUGGUCCUCCGCCACCCUGUCCCUCCUCCACCGCCUCGUCGGCCACUCCGAGGGCGUCUCCGACCUCGCCUGGUCCUCCGACUCCCAUUACAUCUGCUCCGCCUCCGACGACCGCACCCUCCGCAUCUGGUCCUCCCGGUCCCCCUUCGACUGCCUCAAGACCCUCAAGGGCCACACCGACCUCGUCUUCUGCGUCAACUUCAACCCCCAGUCCAGCCUCAUCGUCUCCGGCUCCUUCGACGAGACCAUACGCAUCUGGGAGGUCAAGACCGGCCGGUGCCUCAACGUGAUCAGGGCCCACUCCAUGCCCGUCACGUCCGUCCACUUCAACCGCGACGGCUCCCUCAUCGUCUCCGGGAGCCACGACGGCUCGUGCAAGAUCUGGGACACCAAGAACGGGGCUUGCUUGAAGACGCUGAUUGAUGAUACGGUGCCCGCCGUUUCCUUCGCCAAAUUCUCGCCCAAUGGCAAGUUCAUCCUCGUCGCCACUCUCAACGACACCCUCAAGCUGUGGAACUACGCAACCGGGAAGUUCUUGAAGAUUUAUACAGGUCAUAAGAACAGUGUCUACUGUUUGACUUCUACGUUCUCUGUUACGAAUGGAAAGUACAUCGUUAGCGGCUCGGAGGAUCGGUGCGUCUGCAUAUGGGAUCUCCAAGGGAAAAACCUAAUUCAGAAACUUGAAGGCCACUCUGAUACAGUCAUUUCUGUCUCGUGCCAUCCGACGGAGAACAAGAUUGCAUCUGCCGGCCUUGAUUCUGAUAGAACCGUGAGGAUUUGGUUUCAAGAUGCUUAAGUGCUUAGGCUGUGAUGUAUAGAUGGAUUUCAAGCUGUUUCCCUGGAUGUCGAGGAGGGUAAUUUGCAGGUGUAGCGGGCUCGAGCAAUCCAAGUGCUCUUCCUUGUUCCGAUGUGGGUUCAAGCUUUGCUAUCCACACAUGCGAUGGGUACUAUAAUCUACCAAAGGCUACUGAGACCCACAAGCAGGAUGAAUGUGUAAAACUCCAUAAUAAUUGGAAUCCUUUUGGGGAUCAGUUGUUACUAGAUUAUGAUCCAGCAUAGAUAGUCCAUGUGGUGUAGAAUCUAUCCGAUGUACUAGUAGAUGUUGAUACAUUGUGUACUGAUUUCUCCCCAUGGUUGAGGUUUACUCAGCUUGAAUUAUAUAUCUAAUGGGUUGUACUGA